AAGUUUUAGAGGUAGUGGAAGAAAAGUUUGUUUGUAUUUUCAUUCCUAAUCAUUAUGUCCACACACUAAAGGAUAUCCAUGCUUCCAAGGAGCUAAGCAAUUAUUAUGUUGUUGUAUUGAUUGGAGUUGGAAAGUCUAUUAAUAUAAUUAAGGGAAUUCGUGAGUGUGGUGGUGAUAAUAGUAGGAAACGGUUGGUGGUGCUUGAUGAACAAAACAAGAGAGAUAUUUUGAUUCCUGGACCUGGUGGAGCUACCAUAAUCAAAGGGGUUUUUGAGAAUUUCCGGUGUGAUAAAGGGGAUCGAGUUCGCUUCAAGUCUGAUGUAGUUGAAUUCCAUCAGAUGUCUGAGCUGCUAAAUCAAAAAUCAGCAGUACAUGGAAAAAUACCUUCUGCCUAUUUUAAUGCUCUUUUUGAUUUGAGUGGUGAUUGGUUUCGAGAUGCUUCUGACAUCAAAUCUCUUGCUUUUGAUUUUGAUGGGUAUUUCAUUUCUCUCUACUGUUUUCACUUGAUAGCUUCUCCACUUGUACUGCAAGAGGAAGUAAGAAGUCUGUUCCAGCUCAGUGGGAUCCCGCUGCAUUGUCUAGCCCAUGUGCAAUAUAUUCAACUCUUCCUUGGAGGGAGCUUUCUAGAACCACUCAUGAAGAAGACCCAACCCAACAAAAUCAUUAUUAUAUAUCAACAAGGGGAAGCGUUUUUUAUGACAGCUGCUAUCGUUCUCUAUUUUGGUGAUGUGCGGUUGCUUACUAUAAAAAAGGCAAGAAAUUGGACUAAAGAUGAACAAACACUGAAGCAAACAGGUUUUAAGCAGCAAGUGCGCAAUCCGGUGCCUUUUUGGUUGGCUCUUUUUGUGGAAGGAACUCAAUUUACCCAGACAAAACUUUUAGAAGCUCAGGAAUUCGCUAGGUCUAGAGGAAUUCCUAUACCGAAAAAUGUUUUGGUUCCUCGUACUAAGGACUGUGUCUCGCUGAAGGUGACAUCCCACGAGUCAAAUAUGAAGAAUUGCUGUGAGGUUUCGAUGCCUGAGCAGGUCAGUCGAAAUGUUGAUGAUUUCGGUCUCCUAUCAAUGGACGACUUCCCACUAACCAUGUUUAAUGUAUCACUCUUAAAUGCCUUUGUUGAGUGAUGACACAAGGAGACAUCUUUCUUUCAUCUUCCAUUUGGGAGAUAACUAUCACUUUGGAUGAUUCUACUCACUGUUCCAUCUCCCCAUUGUCAGUA